AGCAUCUUGUUUUCUAAUUAAAGCGCCCAUAAUUAGACAUGGCUACUAAUACUAUAUUCUCUAGGCAUAGAUCUACAUCGUUGUUUGGUCUGAUCAUCAAGCAAACGGAGCAGCCAAUUCCUCUCAAAGAAGUGUCUGUGGAGGCAGAAAUCAAAGCAUGCCUUCUGGGACUAAAAUCUGUACUGAAAUACACAAACGACUCGUCAGAUCCAGCAGAGGUGCUGUUCAGAUUCCCAGUAGAAGAGUCCAGUGCAGUGGUGGGACUCACUGCAAUUAUUGAUGGUCGCAGAAUCAAGGCCGACAUUAAAGAGAAGGAGGAGGCCAGAGCUGCUUACGACGACGCUAUUGCUAGUGGACAAUCGGCUGCUCUUGGUGAGGAGAAGACGGGAGACGUAUUUAGUAUCACUUUGGGAAACUUGUCUCCUCAGAAAGAUGCCGAGAUUCACCUCCAAGUGGUUGCAGAGCUACCUAUCGAUGCGGAAGAAAAUGUUCGAUUCUCCCUCCCCUCUGUCUUCAAGUCACGCUACACUCCGACUGGAUCCAGCGACCCACUUGCCAAUGUGUCAGAUUCUGGCUCUCAAGUUUCUUCUGCCCACAGUUCCAGCUACAGUAGAUUCCAACUAAACAUUCUAGAACCCCAACGCAUUGCAACGAUCGUCUCCCCCACCCACACUCUCAAUUGCACUAACGGAGAAGAUAAGAUCGAAGUGACACUUAGUGACCAGAAGCCAGCUGAUAAAGACUUGGUGGUUCUAAUACAGCACAAGGAACCCUAUCAGCCGUGUGCAGUAGUGGAGGAAGGAACAGAUACUGGCUUCAUGAGCCAGAAAGCUGUAAUGGUCAAUUUUUUCCCCAAGUUCGAUCAAUUGGAAAAUGACUGUGAAUUCAUCUUCCUUGUGGACAGGAGUGGUAGCAUGAGCGGACAGUUCAUCCAAAGUGCCAGUGAAACUCUCAUUCUCUUCAUGAAAAGCUUGCCUGAGAAUUGCUACUUCAAUAUUGUCGGUUUUGGAUCACGUUACGAACAGCUAUUUCCUGAAGUCAGUGUUCCUUACUCGCAGUCGACUCUGGACAAAGCAGUGGCACACCUUACUGGAUUGCAGGCCAAUUUAGGAGGAACCGAACUUCUUAGUCCGUUGGAUUUCAUUUUCAAGUCUAAGCCCCAGGGUGGUCUGUCUCGCCAAGUGUUUGUGCUCACUGAUGGUGCUGUCAGCAACACUGAUGCCUGUGUGCAGAUGGUGAAACAGAACAAUAAGAGUGCAAGGUGCUUCACGUUUGGUAUAGGGUCUGGUGUAUCUACUGCUCUGGUAGAAGGGCUGGCUCAUGCGGGCAAUGGAAGUGCAGAGUUUGUUAAAGAAGGGGAACGUCUACAGCCAAAGGUGAUUCGCAGUCUCAAGAGAGCCUUGCAACCUGCCCUGACAGAUGUGAGUCUGGAAUUCAAAAUUGACGGAAAGCCUGAAAUUCUCCAGUGUCCACAAACCUUGCCUCCAAUCUUUGCUGGAGAGAAGCUGGUGGUCUAUGCACUUGUCAAGGCAAAGAGUGAUAAAUUGACAGGAAAGGCAGUACUGAAAGGAAAAUUGCUACAGAAAUCGAUCUCUGACACAGUGGAGUUCAAGUCUGGAGCUGGGGAGUUGCCGCCAGUUUCAACAGUGCACCACCUUGCGGCUAAGGCCCUCAUAAAAGACUGGGAACAUGAGGGAAAAGAUUCUAGAGAGAUUGUGAAGCUGAGUGUUGAAUCGAGUGUGGUGUCUUCCCGCACCGCCUUCAUUGCAGUGGACGAGGAGAACUUGAAACCCAUCGAAGGUGCUCUAAAGACGUUUGUUGUCCAGGCUAAGGCACCAUAUACAUUUCAACGACAAGUUCAUGGAGGAUAUCCAACAAAGAAACGAAAGAGAUCAACAUCGAGAGAUCGAAAAAAAUCUAACAAAAAAGCACCUACCAAGAAGAUGCAAGUAUGUGGUGAUAUGGGAGAUGUUCAAGGUGGUCCUCCAAUGCUGUCGUUUGUUGUUGCUAAAGGCAGUCGAUCGAAGAGUGGGGCUGAGCGAUGUGAGUAUCAACGUCAAAGCCAAUGUGAUAAUGCACUUUUGGACUAUGAUGAGGACAGUGAUGAUGACAGUGAGAGUUUAAAUGAAAGUACCAGUUUGCAAUCAACUCUUUCCUCGAUAAUUGGAGCCCAGCAAGCCGAUGGCUCAUGGAAGAUUAACUCUGCUCUGGCUCGAUUUGUUGGGAAAACUCUUCAAGAAGUUGAGAGUGGAUGUCCGACUGAGUGUCAAGGCGUGACAGCGUUGCUAUGGGCUACCCUGCUGAUACUGGAGCUACUGCACACACAGUACGUGGAUGACCUGGAGGAGUGGGAGUUGGUCGGAGCUAAGGCUGAGGCCUGGACCAAGAAACAGAGCAUCUCCCCCGGGGAUACCAGUCUGGACAACAUGAAGGUCGCUGCAAAUAAAUUUUUAGCCUAAAAUUGAACGUUGUAUCAUGUAUCGGUUGUAAUCUCUCAUUAGUUGUAUAGUUCCUAAACCCUGUUAUAAUUGUCAUGGCUAUAGUGUAUAAUUAUAAUUAUUGAUUACAUGUACAUUUUUUCUGCUGCUGUUUAUGAUCAUUACCUGUGGAACCUAUCUUUUACUACUACUACUACGUUUUAAUGCUAUUAG